CGCCUGGUGCCGAUUGCUGAAUUGCUAGCAGAGUUUCUCAGGCAGCGUACAUCUCUCUGGGCUGACUUUAUGCCCAUGCCCCGGCCAGAGACCCCCUCCACAGCACUGGGGAAGACUAAGGAUCUUAUAAAGCACGGGUGCGAGAGGAUAGAACAGACCAUCAAGGCCUCGGGCUCCAGGCUGUGCUCCUAUGCUGAAAGAGUUGCCUUCUUAAUGGACCGUUCCAAAAACCCGGAUAACAGCCCCCAGCCUCCGACACCGACUGACAACAUCAACCUUGGCCCUUCUGCUAAUCCGAAUGCCAAGCCAACGGACUUUGAUUUUUUGAAAGUUAUUGGCAAAGGAAGCUUUGGAAAAGUUCUCCUGGCCAAACGCAAGUCUGAUGGGAUGUCUUAUGCUGUGAAAGUCUUGCAGAAGAAAUCCAUCCUGAAGAAAAAAGAGCAAACCCACAUUAUGGCGGAACGCAAUGUGCUGCUGAAAAACGUGAAACAUCCUUUCCUGGUGGGCCUCCACUACUCUUUCCAGACCUCCGAGAAGCUCUACUUUGUGCUAGACUAUGUCAAUGGGGGAGAGCUCUUCUUCCACCUGCAGAGAGAGCGCUGUUUCCGUGAACCUCGUGCCCGCUUUUACGCAGCUGAAGUAGCCAGUGCAGUAGGGUACCUGCAUUCCUUGAACAUAAUCUACAGGGACUUAAAACCUGAAAACAUCCUCCUGGACUGCCAGGGACACAUAGUACUGACAGACUUUGGACUUUGCAAAGAAGGAAUGGAGCCAGAGGAAACGACGUCUACUUUUUGUGGCACCCCAGAGUACUUGGCCCCAGAAGUGCUAAGAAAACAACCCUAUGACAGAACAGUAGACUGGUGGUGUCUGGGAGCUGUCCUCUAUGAGAUGCUGUUUGGGUUGCCUCCCUUUUACAGCCGGGAUGUGUCUCAGAUGUAUGACAAUAUUCUACACCAGCCACUCCAGAUCCAAGGAACCAAGACCAUGGCAGCUUGUGAUAUCUUACAGGGACUGCUUCACAAGGACCAGAAGAGGAGGCUGGGGGCCAAGAUGGACUUUCUUGAGAUCAAGAAUCAUGUGUUCUUCAGCCCAAUAAACUGGGAUGACUUGUAUCACAAGAGGAUCACUCCUCCCUUCAACCCCAAUGUGUCUGGUCCUGCUGAUCUGCGACAUUUUGACCCAGAGUUCACACAAGAAGCGGUCUCCAACUCCAUCACCCGGACACCUGACUUAGCAGCCAGCUGCUCCAGUGCCUCAGAUGCUUUUUUAGGGUUUUCUUAUGCACCGACUGAUGAGGACUUUCAGGUUUUUAAAUAGGACUUGGGAAACCUAAUUUUAAUUUAUGGUCUUGUUUUUAAAAGUGGCACUGUCCUCUGCUCAUGACUGUUAAAGAAAUUUGGACUAGCACACUAACUGGAAUGGACCUGAACUCUUUCACUGUGAUGCACAAUGCUUUUUCCUUCCUCUGGCAGGGAGGCUGCUGAUCGUCCUAGUUAGAGAUUUUACUCCUACAGAAUUGAAGUUAACUCCAUGGUCUUAUUUAUGUUUAGAAGCUUGGUGCCAUCAUUCAUGCCAAAACCACACCACAAGUCACUUACCCAAUAACAACUGGCCUACUUAUUUUGGAAGUGUCGUGUAACUGUGCUUCAUACACGUAGCUAGUCUGUCUCCUCCCUCUUGUCUGAUUGCUCUAUCAAUGGUGAGGAGGAAAUCUGUUCACACUACGGGUAUGUCUACACUAGAAAUGCUACAGUGGCACAGCUGGAGCGCUGUAGUUACAUCACUGUAGAGUAGUCACAGCAAUGGAAGGAGUUCUUCUGUUGCUGUAGUAAAUCCACAUCUCUGAG